CUGUGUAAAAGACAAUAGUUUCAGUAUUUAAAUGUGACAACACGUUAUCCAUUCAGAAAAAUGUAUAUACACACUAUUUUGUUGUUACAAGCAUGAUAGCUGUAUUUCUGAACUUCGGUUGAUAUGCCUUAGUUACCAAAAUGUAGCCGAUAAUUUUCCACCUCCCACUUGGUUACGAAUGCAGCAUCACAGUGCUCUGGUGGCAACCCAACCGGCCAUUUCUGGCUGUGACUAGCCAGCUCACCAACCAAUCAAUUAGCCACCUUUUGGAUUAUAAGAAGUGCCGCUUGAUCUUGUCAUGUAACGGAGGAUUCAGAGAGAAAGACAAGUCACGACAUGAUGGAUUUCCCUGUGUUCACCCUCCUGCUGGCUGUCCUGCCUGUGCUCCCCUGCUACCCAACCACCUUCCAGGAGCUUCAUCAGAACAGACAGAACCAAACGUCUAUCCGCUUCCUGGCUGUGGGGGACUGGGGCGGGGUGCCGUACCCGCCCUACAUCACCCCUGUGGAGAGGGCCACGGCCCAGGAGAUGGGCAGGGUGGCUGAGAAGAUGGGCGCGGACUUUGUUUUGUCCCUGGGUGACAACUUCUACUACAAGGGGGUGGACAGUGUCGAUUCUCCCAGAUUCCAGGAAACAUUUGAGCGUGUGUACACAGCCCAGUCUCUGAACAUCCCCUGGUACGUCCUGGCUGGGAACCAUGACCACGCUGGCAGUGUCAAAGCCCAGAUCGACUACAGCCACAAGUCUGACCGAUGGCGCUUCCCUAGCUUCUACUACGAGCUGAACUUCCGUAUCCCCAACACUAAGCGCACCCUGACCAUCAUCAUGCUGGACACGGUGAUGCUGUGCGGUAACUCGGACGACUUUGCAGACGAGAAGCCACGCGGACCCCUCAACGCCGUGGAUGCCAACCGGCAGUUGACCUGGCUGCAGAAGAGGAUGGCCAUGUCCAAGGCGGACUUCCUGCUGGUGGCUGGUCACUACCCAGUGUGGUCUGUGUCCGAGCACGGCCCCACACAGUGUCUCCUGAAGAGACUGCGCCCCCUGCUGGUGAAAUACAAGGCCACCGCAUAUUUGUGUGGGCAUGACCACAACCUGCAGUACUUGCAGGAGUCUGAUGUGGGCUAUGUGGUGAGCGGCGCCGGUAACUUCCUGGACCCAGACACCCGCCACUGGCACCACGUCCCCAAAAACACCCUUAAGUUCUUCACGGGUCAGGCUUCCACGCUCGGAGGCUUUGUCCACGCAGAGGUGACCAAAGACAAGAUGACCCUCACCUUCCUGCAGGCCAAGGGGACGUCUCUCUACCGCACUGUGCUGCCACGCAGGGACACCGGUGACCAAGAUGGUGGCAAUGAUAUGGAUUAAUCGUAGCGAACGUGGACCAGGACCUUUGAAAGAUUGUGUUGUUUUGUCUGGGUUUCUUUGCAUGGUGUUUUUUUUUUUUUUUUUUUUGUUUUACUAAAGCACAUUUUGUGGAUAAUGUCAUGUUAGGCGUGGUGUGUAGUUAUGGUUACGCUGGUUUGUUGGAUUUAGGAUUUCAGGUUGGGUAUUUUUAGAUGAAGCUUUGGCAUCGUUAGUGUAAAAAUGAAUGAGAAAUGUAAUGCUUUUUAAUUCAUUGGAUCUGGGUGUGUGUAUGGCAGAAUGGAUGCUUGUUUUAUUGUAGGAUUUUAUAGUGACCUUGUGAAAAUAAAGUGCCUGAUUUUUAAUGUCUUA